AUGGCGUCCAACUUCAAGUUCUCACAGCCCCCGUCUACCCCUCGCCACCUUGCACCAGGGUACGGUGCUCCCCUCCCUCUCAUCGCUCCCUUGCAACCCCAUCGCGCUCCCCGCGAGUCGGUCCCUCCUGCCGGUUCUCCUUCAACCCCUUUAGGUUGUUCACCCCCUCGUCCUCCCGCUCCGGUCCCCGUUCCCGCUCCCGUGGAGUUGUUGCCUUCUCCAGACUAUAUUGCGCGUUUGGAGCUCGAGAAUUCCCACCUUCGCGAAGAUAAUCGGGCAAGUCUGGAGAAUGUGGUGCAUCGGCGUUCUCUGGAGGAGAGGGAUGCCCAAUUGCGGCAGACGGGCGUAGUCCUCGAGCAGCAACGUGGGUGUGUGGACGAAUUAAGCCAGCGCUUGGCUCAUAGCGUGGAGGAGUUGGAGGGGACUUGGGAACGUCUCGCUGACAUGUCGACCGCUUUGAGCGAGGUUGGCGAGGGCCGAGCGGCAGCUCACGUGCAGCUGAGGGAGGUGAAGGAGGUCUUGCGCGGCGUCGCAUUUGACCGGGACUUCCUGCGCGCUGCUCUGGGUGCGCGGGAGCGCAAGCUUUACUGGGUGGAUCACGCUCUGGAGGGAUUGGAGGCUCGCAACUCAUCUUUGCGCGCUCCGGCGGGUGGAUCGGCAGGGGAGCUUGACGCCCAGUACUUGGCGUUGCAGGGCCAGUAUUUGCGGCUGCUGCGCGAGUUUCGUCGUUCGCGCGUCCCUCGUGCUCUUUGUCGGCAUAUUCUUCACGACCGUAAUCGCUGGAGGGCCUCGUACCUUGGAACCGCUUCUCCCCCCUCUAUUCCCCCUCCCCCUUACUCUGAUCCCAGUUCCCCGAUGGAAUCUGUCUCCUCCAACGUUGCAGUCGAAGGCGCUGGUAGCGCGGUUGCGUCCGGUUCGCAGCCUCCCGCGAGAGCCGUCUUGGAGGGUCUGGAGGAGGGCGAGAUUGUGGAGGAUGGUGGGGUCAUGGGGGCCGAGGAGCUUAUGUAUCCGGACUAG